AUGAGCAUCCCACAAUACAUCUUUGUCCCUACACCAUGGGUCAUCCUACAAGAGUCAGGGGAUCUUGCUCCUGCUAUUCCUCUUCGAAUUCAUACUGCACAAGAAGGCUCUGAACUAUCUCGAUGGAGUGUGGAUGGUGCUCGUCACAAGAGUGUCAAUUCAUUUGCCCUUCCUCCAACUUAUCCAGUUCGACAGAGAGAGAAAUCCAAAUCAAGCCAACCAUCAGAUGAUGCUCCCUUGAAUCCUUCUCCAUCGGAGAGUCAUGGUGCUUUAUUGGAUAUCCCUCCAAGGCAAGAACCGAGCAGGAGACACAUUGCGGGACGCUCCGAAAACUCGAACCAAAGCAAAAAGAAGUGA